UUAGGUUCAUCUGGUUUGUCCCUAGCAGUCCUGGUCUCUAGCCUUGAGGGAAUGAGUGAUGAGUAUUUUAAUGUGAGAGAGAAACUGGGACAACUUGAGAGCAAGUUAGAAGGAUUGAAGAACAUGACAUCAGAAGAAAUGAAGCAACUUUAUUCUGAUGUGACUACUGAUGAUACUGCCCAACUCUCUCCUUUGCAAUUACACCAACAGCUCAAGUCAGUUCUAAAUAGACUCGUCUCAAACAAGCAGCAACAACUGAAGCACUUUAUUUACACUGUGGAGCAUUUGUUGUCAGUUCUUUGGUCUCAUCUUCAGUUUUAUUUAGUUCACUGCCAGCCAACAGAAGAAUAUCAUCAACAAUCCAUUAGUCAGUUCUCAAGCAAACCAAUCAGAAACUUACAAGGUUUAUUAAUCACUUGAGUUUUAUUGGAGUUUUUGUUAUACUGUAUAUAGCUGGUAAUUUUGGAGAGGGAAAUUUUACUAAUUUAAGCCAAUCAGGGUUUCUUGCAAAGCACGCUAAGUGAGCUAAACAGCAUGCUUCAUGAGCUGACAAGCACUACAAUACAGUACAA